GCUAAUAGCUGCGGCCAGUCCAAGUCGCGGCAUCGGCCAAUUGGCCAUCGUUUUAAAUGUCUGUGUUAGUUUUUUGAGUGGAAAGCCGCCAAAACCCAUGGCAAUGAAAGUAUUUAUAUUGCUGGCCAUAGUCAGCGGCAUUAGCGGAGAAGGUCUACGACUACCCGAUCAGCAGUCAUCGAAUAAUAUACAACAGAUCUAUGCGCCGCAGCCGCAACAACAACAACAACAACCACAACUUCAGCAACAGCAACCACAGUUCCAACAGCCACAGCAGAUAAGCCAACCAGGAGCAGGAGUGGGUGAGGAACGUGGCCGUUCAUCCAUUUUGAGUCUCUUUGGCCUGGGAAAUGAUAAUGAUCCAUUUUUGGCACGCACCAAUGGCAAAUGUUUGAGCGGCGACUUAUCCGAGUGCUUCAAGACUCAGGCUUUAACCACAUUCGAUGAAAUCUUCUACAGAGAUCAGUAUCGGUUAUCGGACUUUGCUCGAGUGGUGCGCCUGCCGGAAUCACAACAGCGUUCGCUACAGCAGGAACCCUUUGAAUAUUCAGAGGAGCCACGUGGAGAUGAUGAUGAUUGGAAUCAGCUGGUGAAAUAUGCCCUUCGUCGUGCCGAACGCUUUAUCAAAUCGACUGCUUUGGAGUUGGAGUGGCCAGAGGAACUGACCGAAGCUGGUCGCUAUGAGGCUCGUUUCAUUGGCAAUGAAAUUGAUGAUGAUUUCGACUCAGACCAGAGAGCAGGUCAUUUCACGCAAGAAGUGAAGAAAAUGAUUAUUCCUCUGCUGUUGGUGCUGAAAAUAUUCAAGCUGAAGUUGCUGCUCUUCCUGCCCUUCAUUCUGGGUAUUGCUGGUCUGAAGAAGAUCCUUGGUCUGGCUGCUAUCAUUUUGCCUGGUCUCUUUGCCUAUUUCAAGCUGUGCCGUCCGCCAGGCGGUGUGGGUGGUGGUUUCGGCGGUGGUUUGUCCGGACUGUUUGGUGGCAAAAAUCCUUUCCCCGAAUACAAUCCACAGGGUGUGGGCUCGGCCACCUACUACCACCAUCAUGAGCAUUUUGAUGGCGGUCAUGGCAGCGGUCCCGGUCCUUUCUAUCGCCAGGAGCCCACUUUUGCCAAGCCCUAUACCGAUUACUAUAGCAAGAGCUAUCAGGGUCAGCAGCAGCAGGUCGGUGGCAACUCAGUUAGCUUUGGCGAUGCCCAGGAGGCGGCCUAUAAUGGCUACUAUGGAAGGAAUACUGGCAAGGACAUUGCUGCCGAAACCCAGCAGCAGCAGCAGCACAACCUCAAAAGAGCUAGGUACCUUUGA